UUUCAUUCCACAGGGUGUUCAGCAUCGGACGCUGAAGGUCGCCUCCACGACCAUCUGUUCCUCAACAGCAGCUACAACACACGCCCUCUACCGGUGGUCAACGCACUCGAUAUCCUGACUGUGUACUUCGAUUUGGCGGUGACCCAGAUAGUUGAUGUGGAUGAGAAAAACCAGGUCUUCACGUCGAAAGUAUGGAUGAAACAGGUUUGGAGAGAUCCCAAGCUGUGGUGGAACCCGGAUGACUUUGCCGGGAUAAAGAAUAUCAAGGUUCCAACGUGGAAGAUAUGGAUUCCAGACAUCCUCAUCUAUAACAAUGCCGACGGACCUUUCGGAAUCAACUCCAAGACGUGGGCGAACAUCGGCUUCAACGGCACAGUGACCUGGUUCCCUCCCAUCGUCUACCGGAGCUCCUGCCGCAUCAACGUCCGCUACUACCCCUUCGACGAGCAGAACUGCACCAUGAAGUUCGGCUCCUGGACCUACGACGGGGACGUGCUGGACUUGGUGCCGCUGAAACAAGAGGCCGGCCGGAAAGACUACUGGGAGAACGGGGAGUGGGUGAUGAAGGAUUCCCCGUGCUUUCGCAACGUCAAGAAGUACCUGUGCUGUGAUUCCACCUAUAUCGAUGUCACCUGCCAUUUCAUCCUGCGCCGUAAGCCACUGUAUUACUUCGCCUACCUGUUGAUGCCCUGCGGACUCAUCUCCUUCAAUACCGUCUUAGUCUUCUACCUGCCUCCGGACAUCAGCGAGAAGAUGGCGCUUUGUACAUCGGUGCUGCUGUCCAUGGCCGUGUUCCUUCUCUUGGUGACCCAGCAGAUCCCGGCCAACGCCACUGACUUUCCUCUCAUCGUCAAGUACUUGCUCUUCACGAUGGUCGUGGUGUCCUCCUCCAUCGUCUUCACUGUCUUCAUUCUGAACAUCCGGUUCCGGUCGCCGGAGACCCACACCAUGCCCAAGUGGGUGCGCUGGCUCAUGAUUGACACCCUGCCCAAGUUCCUGGGCAUGAAGCGUCCGGAGCGGUACUCGCUGCGGUACCGUACCGUGGGCGUCAGCAUCACGCGCGACGCGCUGACAUCCAGCUACCUGGACACCAAGAAGAUCGUCAUGGAGAACAAAGGCAAUAACUACACAGUGCGAAUGCGCAAUGAACUUGAGAACGAGACUGAGACCGAGUCUGAUAAUGAUUUGCAUCAAGGUGGAAUGCAACCUGUGAGAUACUUACCCACAGGUCAUGUAGAUAACGAAUGUCCGGAAGCAAUGGUCAUCAAUAAUGCUAUAGAGGAAAUCAUGUACCUGACGUCACAGUGCGCCAAUGAUGAAGACGACAAAAGGGAGAAGGAAGACUGGAAGUACAUCGCUAUGGUGGUGGAUCGCAUCUUCCUGAUCGGCUACCUAUGCGCCGUCUUCGCGGGUAAUGUCGGCAUCAUCUUCGAGUCGCCCCACGCAAAGGAGUUCUUCUUUGGUGCGUGAGGGAACAAGUAGACCUUGCUGGAGAAUGAAAUCACCUUUAAAAGUCGUGCAAUGGUUGUGAGCGGUAAUUGUGGCCUUUGAGAGAAAAAUGAUAUCUGAUUCACUGUAAACAAAACCCGUAAAAACACUGUCCAUUUCCUGACUUUUAUGGCUUAUUAUACCGUUAUUGCUCGAACCGUCCCAAGAACGAACGUGCUACGUGAAUUUCCCGUAAACGUUGGUGUCCUGACGCAUGCUGGGAUUCACAAUGCGUUUGUAUAGGCAUAACCCUUCACAAGACCUCACUUUUUUCAACCUUCACAACCACCUCUUGUAAAGCUGUGAUUCGUAUAGGCCGAUAUACACGUGCAUGCAUGCAAGGUUCGGUACGAGCGUAAUACAAAGCUGAUCAUUGUGCUGUCAGAGCCGUAAAUACUUUGAUAUUGCAACAUGUCUGCAUGCCCCACUCCGAACUUCUCUAACUGGUACCCAUCCCCCUCUACCGUACCCCCCGCCACCCUGCAACUAGCCCCGACGCGACCCCACUUUCCAAUACAGUACGGCAAAUUACGGUCACCGUCAUUGUAGGAAACCCGUAACUGACCAUAAUUUUACGUUUGUUGGCAACCCGUUUAACAGUGAAUUUACCAUAAAAUUACGAAGUUUUCUUUAUCCAGUGUUGGGCUAUAAACUCAGCUGAAAUUGAUCCUCUCAUACUUGCCCGUGAAGGGAAUGUCACUUGCUCCGUCGGCGCGGGGUUCGUGUAUCAGACGAAAGCUGUUGUUCCGUUUGUAACGUGCAUUUGAAUUUCAAGCCAAAAUGUCUACCAGUUGAAAUAGGCCAGAACGACUUCCUUCCCAAAUAUACAGAAUUGGUAACACGAGGUCUUAAGCUGGCCUAUUGAGUACGCCCAUGUCAUUAUUCAUACCAAGAUGUAAUCGCCAAACAGAAAUUGAUUUUUUUUUCAUACCAUUUUGUAGGCGUCGUGGACAAGCGCAUCAGAUACCUCGAUCUCCCUUUUUGUUUCGUCUCAGGCUUGUACAUAAAGCGUAUAUCAUUUAAUAAUUGAACAGUUUCAUCUGCUGGGCAUUCGGGCUACAGGUCCUACUCAAUCAAUUCAAUAUCGUUCACUAGUAGAGCAUUAGAUAGUACAUUUAAUAAAAUACUCUUUGCUGUGUGAAUUUGACGUAGUUUUACAGGCGGUCUUAUAGCAAGGCGAGAAAAAAGGACAGGAUAAUAUCUUCAACUCAAAAUAAGCAAAAAGUACCCAAAAAAUGUCUAUAUUCAUACAUUUUAUAGAUAACGAUAGUAGAAAAUUUUGGUCAAUCUGAACAUCUUGAAUCCUGAACUUCCAUCCGCUGGAUAGCUUUUCAGAAAUAGAAUACUCCGAGUGAGUAGAUAGAUUUCAUACUAAACAGCAUUUCAUGAGUAUUAUCUUUUUAAACUUUAACAAUUGCAAAAUAAUGUAUAAUUCAAAUGUUGAUACAGAUUUCUAUGUAUAUUUGAUGGUUGAAUUACACACACAGUCCGCUGAACAGUACUGCACAGGUUGUCAGGUUGGUCUCAAAGACGAUUACUUACGAUUAUAUAGAAGUGGCCUUGUACAGGCGGAUAUGGAGUGAACUGAAGCAAUAGAAAUAGAGCUGUAUAGACAUAGUCGAGUAGACAUAGCUUUUGGCGGUUUAAAACUCUUCCGUCUAGAUAAGCAUUACUCAGAAAGCAGAUAAGUUAUGUACAAGUUGGGGCGAAGACCAUUAGUCGACUGGGGGUCUUACGCCUGCACAGGUAAAAACGUCAUCACAAAACUUCUUGAUCUGGCUCCCUGCUGUGAAUUAUGAUACGCGCGGCUGUUGGUAACCAGCGACGUAAGCGUGACCAGUGGUCCGGUUCCAAAUCGACUAGAGUAGUCCAACCACCCUGCGUUCGAGUGAAGUUAAUCGAACUAUGGUUAACCAUAGUCCUCGCACAAACUUGCUCUCAGCUUCAAGAUGUUUACUGCUAGUUAGUUUCAGUACUAGACUGCUCGGCAGAUAUCGGGUUAUGGUCUAUUAGAUGACCUAAUUUCAUAGAGUUGUAUACUAUACUGUCUUAUUAUUGUAAUAAAUGCUUGUAACUGGUUCGUUAUAGGGGAUGUUUGUUAAGCGAAUUUCCAAAGCGAAACACUAGCGCCUCCAAACAAUUGGGCUUGGCUGAAUCGACUGGUGAAGGAACUAUAGAGUUAUGAAGAAAGUAGAUGUGUUAAGACUGAACAUUUGUAUGGCAUGUCUGGCAAAAUUUCCAGAUACAUGUAAUUGAAACACAUUUUUGCCCCUACCCUUGACGAGUCUCAGUUGGAUGAUUACGCCACCAAGCCACAUUUACAGAAAUGCAAUUUCAUGAAUUAAUCACUUUACUCGGUAAAACAGUUGGUAAUAAUGAAAACUAUCAGAUAUAUCGUCAAUCACAAUCACAAUUCCUCACUGUGCAGAUUUUCAGCCUGCGGUUAAUCACUUUUCACUACAACGGAGUUUUUAACUACAAACUGUACUGAAUUGUUCACACAAUAUUAUCUCCGUUUUGAAGAAUUCUUCACCUAUAACAUCCUUGAUGUUAUGAACAGUAUUUCAAAUUAUAAAAAAAUUGGUAUGUUAAUGUCAACAACCACGGCACUGAGUGCUUGAGUAGCGUGGACAAGGCUGUUAAUUGUAGAAAAUAUAGUUUUAAACUCUCUACAUGCAUAUAGAAAAGAUGCGUCAUUGUACCUUGGACUUUUCAUUUAAUAAACGUGCAUUCCGCACUAAUUCUUUCAAAAGUUAA